AUGACUUACUAUCUUACGGAUGGUAUUUACCCCGACUGGGCGACAUUUAUUCAAUCCAUCCGACUAUCACAAACCCCGAAACAUUCUUUGUUUGCAAAACGUCAAGAAUCUGCACGGAAAGAUGUUGAGCGUGCAUUUGGAGUCCUUCAAGCAAGUUUCGCCAAGGUUAAGAAUCCAUGUCUUCUAUGGGAAAAAGGAAAAAUCGCUUAUAUUAUGAGAGCAUGUCUCAUACUUCAUAAUAUGAUAGUUGAAGAUGAACGACAUUCAUACACUCUCUUUGACGAACAAGAAUUCCAAGUAGGUGCCCAAGAUCUUACAUUUUCGAACAAUAUGGCUACAAAUCUCGACGGAAUAGGUGAUCGUCGAAAAAGAAUACGUGAUAAACAAGCACAUCGCCAAUUGAAAGAGGAUUUGAUUGAGAAUAUUUGGACUAAAUUUGGACAUCUUCCAAAUGAUUAA